AUCCCCAUCAACAGCGGGGCAGAUGUCUCCGGAGGAUGGGUGUUCAUUUCGAUGUUCCUCAAGCGGCCGUGCAGUUCAUUAAGAGAUCUUGAAGACGCGAGCGUUCAGAGCUGCCAGAAACAACCAUGCUGGGAGGAGUAGGAAAGCUUGCCGCCGAGGGCCUGGCUCACCGUGCUGAGAAGGCCACAGGGGAUGUAGUCAACGCUGCGGGAGAGGUGGUGAAGGAGGUGGUGGAUAAUGCCAAGGAGGCUGGUGAGAAAGUCAUUUCGGAAGUCGUCAAGGCUGCCCAACAGGCCGGUGACAAAGUCGUGAAGGAAGUGACCGACAAAGUUGCCACCACUGUGACCAACGCGGCUGCGGGCAUUGGCAAGCUGGGAGGACAGUAAGCAGUUCCGCUGUCCCCUUGCAGGCUUCAGAGCAAUAAAAUAAAAAUAAUCAAUGU